GAUUUCUUCCAUAAAAGCUGAGACUUGAUAGAAAUUCGUCCACUUAGAUUGAAAUGUUCAUGUUUGUUUCAGAUGCAUUGCAUUAGGAGCUCAAUCCUGCAACACUUGAGACUGAGAGUCUCUGUCAGACCCACUUUGCUUCUUCAGAACGAGAAUGGGUUCAAGAGUAUUGGUUAUAUGAAUUUCACAUCAGAAGCAGCUGCAGAUGGAGGCCAAGAUCAAAUCUUGAGCAGGGUUAUUGAACUGGUGAAGAAAUACGACAAAACCAACACCUCUAAGGUUACUGAAAGGGCUGAUUUUCAGAAGGAUUUGUCGCUGGACAGCUUAGACAAGGUGGAGCUAGUUAUGGCUAUUGAAGAAGAGUUCUCGAUUGAGAUCCCUGAUGAGAAAGCAGAUAAGCUUACUUGUUGUGGUGAUGUUGCAACUUACAUACUCUCUGAAACUCCUACCAAAGCGUCUGAGUCCUGAGUUAUAUCUCUGCCUUUCAGUCUUGUCUUCAAUGUUAAGUUAAUGCAAGUUUAGAGACAUGGUUGGUGUCUUUGCUUCAGCCAAUGUUAUUUGGGGUUUCUGCUGCUAAACAUUUCAUUUGAUAUAUAUUCUAAUGUGAUCACACUACUUUUGUAU